AUAAUAAAUUAUUAUCAUAUCCGUAAGAUCCAAUUUACGUGUUAGCUAGCUUCCGUAAUCAACUUUGUUUCAUCAUGUAGAAGUAGAACCACGUCUACAAAUUGCAAUGAUCUUCCUCCCAAGCUCAUCAUGUCCAGCUCGGACGACUGUCUUUAUAAAGAGUAUCGAUUUCAUGUAAUCUUAAUUACUGGACGGUCGAAAAUUUAUUCCAACCUCAUCCGAUCCACAGGAAUAAAAGAGCAACAUCAAGAUCAGCCAAUAUAUAUAUCAUGGGGGGAGUGGAAGACAUAGUGAUUGUGGGAGCUGGAAUUGCUGGUCUUACAACAUCCUUGGGACUUCAUAGGCUGGGCAUUCGAAGCCUUGUAUUGGAAUCCUCGGAUAGUUUGAGGACCACAGGAUUUGCCUUUACAACAUGGGCAAAUGCUUGGAAGGCCCUAGAUGCUGUUGGCCUUGCCUCCUCUCUUCGACAACAUCAUCAACGGAUUCUUGGAAAUGUGACUACCUCUACAAUUUCAGGGCUUCAAACCUCGAAGACUUCAUUUGAAGUCAAAGGAAAACAGUUAAAUGCUGUACAUGUGGUUUGCAGUGCAGAACACGAAGUUCGUUGUGUUCAAAGGAAGUUGUUGUUGGAAGCCCUUGCAGAGGAACUCCCAAGUGGGACGAUAAGGUACUCUUCCAAGGUGGUUUCUCUAGAGGAAUCAGGCUCCGUGAUGCUUGUGCAUCUUGCCGAUGGGACCAUUCUCAGAACUAAGAAUAAACUUAAAAUUUGUGAAUGGAAGGUUUUAAUCGGGUGUGAUGGAGUGAACUCGGUGGUAGCAAAGUGGCUGCAUUUCAAGAAACCAGCUUUCGCAGGGAGAUCUGCCAUAAGGGGCUUUGCAGACUUCAAGCGCAAUCAUGGAUUUGAGAACAAGUUCAUACAGUUCUUUGGGGAAGGUUUUCGAUAUGGUUUUCUUCCUUGUGAUGAUAGCAAGGUCUAUUGGUUUUUCACCUGGACUCCCUCUAGCCAAGAUAAAGAGAUAGAAGAUAACCCAGCUAGGAUGAAACAAUUUGUGUUGGGCAAGCUUGAAAAAGUUCCUGAUGAAAUAAGGAAUGUAAUUGAAAACACUGAACUAGAUGGUAUGACAUCAUCGGCAAUAAGGUACAGACAUCCUUGGGAGCUUCUUUGGGGAAAUGUCAGCAAAGGAAACGUCUGUGUAGCCGGCGAUGCACUCCAUCCCAUGACCCCUGACAUUGGCCAAGGUGGUUGUUCUGCCUUGGAAGACGGCGUCGUUUUGGCCAGGUGUCUUGGUCAGGCUUUACUAAAAAAACCAAGUGAGGAUAAGAGAGAAGAUAAAAUGGAAAGAGAAGGAGAUCAUGAUGAAUAUACGAGAAUUGAAUCAGGAUUGAAGAAGUAUGCCAAAGAGAGGAAAUGGAGAAGCAUUAACCUCAUUACUACAGCUUAUAUUGUUGGUUACAUUCAGGGUGGUGGUGGAAAAGCUAUAAGCUUCUUAAGGGAUAAAAUACUAGCCAGAUUCCUUGCUGGGUUUAUGUUGAAGAUGGCUGAUUUUGAUUGUGGAAAGCUUAUUUAGAAAUUCUUAAAAUGCAGUGAGUGCAUAUGCUUUGUAUAAUUGGUACUGCAAAAUGCUAAGCAUUUGUUGUUUUGCUUGUUUGAGGAAUGAAUGGUUUUUAUUUGUUCUAAAA